GCAGAAAUGGCGGCUAGAGCUCAUGACGUGGCGGCUAUUGCAUUAAGGGGUCGUUCUGCUUGCUUGAACUUUGCUGACUCUGUUUGGAAGUUGCCUAUCCCUGCUUCUACCGACGCUAAGGAUAUUCAGAGAGCGGCGGCGGAAGCAGCCGAGGCUUUCCGGCCAUCUGAGUCAGAAGCAGAUUCUCCUGAAACGCCAGAAAGUAAUAAGUUAUUUAUGGAUGAGGAAGCUUUGUUUUGCAUGCCGGGAUUGCUAGCGAGUAUGGCGGAAGGACUAAUGCUGCCUCCACCUCACUACGUAGAAGUUGGUGAUUAUGUGGAAGCUGCUGCUGACAUGCCUCUAUGGAGUUAUACUAUUUAAAUACUUCUGGUUAUUGCCUGUUUCGAAUAAUCUAUAUCAUCAUAAGUAUAUAUAGUGAAUACGCAAUCAGAAUGCUUGAGUUGAAGUUCCUUCAAUUAGGAUUUAGGAGCUACUGGUAGUUUCGUACUCAAAAAUUUGGAUGGUACGAAUAUACAAUAGCUCUA